CUUCCACAAUACUAUAAGCAAAUUACUACUUCUACGGCAUUUCGUCUCUACUAAUUUCCAUAUAGUGAAGUCUGAGGAGAUGGGUUCAUCGGCUGUUCUCUUCCUCUUUCUCAACCUUCUCUUCUUUGCCCUAGCAAGUGGGUGCAACACUUGUGUUCAGCCUAAGCCUAUCCCAAACCCCAAUCCAAACCCUAUUAUUUCAAGAAAUAGCUGCCCUAGAGAUGCCCUAAAGCUGGGUGUCUGUGCCAAGUUGCUUAAUGGCGCUAUUGGUGGGGUUGUUGGGAGCCCACCAGACACACCUUGUUGCACAGUACUUCAAGGACUUGUUGAUCUUGAAGCAGCGGUUUGCCUCUGCACUGCUAUCAAAGCUAACAUCCUUGGCAUUAACAUUGAUAUCCCAAUCUCCUUAAGCUUGCUUAUCAACACUUGUGGGAAGAAGCUACCCUCUGACUUCAUUUGUGCCUGAUCAUGCACUGUAUUGCCUUGCCUUUCCUUGCCUCUGAUGCAGCGUGUGCUCCUAUUCCUGGAAUUAUUUCUUAGUUAUUUGUGUUUUCGUUGUGUGACAAGUACUGUUCGAUAACCUUUCAUUGGAAUCAUUUUCUCAUUGUAACCCAAAUUAGAAUGGCCCUCGAGCGGAGCAUAAAUUCAACUUCUUAUUAUUAUUUUCAA